GCCAAGAUGGAUGCCUCCAGGGCCCAGGAGCAGCUCCGGCGGCGCUACCGGCUUCUACCCGACUCCGAGCCCGCGUGGGACGGCGAGGGCGACGCCGGGUCGGAAAUCUCGGUAGCUGUUAAGAAAAGUGGAAAACCUCAUCGGAGACUUAACAUCCAUUCUGGAUUCUGGAUUUUGGCGUCCAUUGGGGUGACUUACUAUGUGGAUUUCUUUAAAACUGUCAAAGACAACAUUCACAGUAGUAGCUGGAUUCUCCUCGGCGGGGCCUUGCUGCUUGUCAGCCUAUUAACUGCCUUCUACUGCAUCCUCUAUCUGGAGUGGUAUCGUGGGAUCCAGGACUACGAUGUCAAGUAUCCGACCUUGAUCCCCAUUACAACUGUGACUUUCAUCGUAGCAGGGAUUUGUUUCAACGUGGCGUUCUGGCAUGUGUGGUCGUUUUUCACUCCACUCUUGCUCUUCACCCAGUUUAUGGGCGUUGUCAUGCUGAUCUCACUCCUGGGCUGAUUUCAACAGGUCCCAGGACUGCUGUGAGGGAAGCCAGCACCUGAGGGGAAAGCCAGCCAUGCCCUUUGUUUGUUGGUUUGUUUAUGUGGGAGGAGUGAAUGGCUGCCCCAGCAACCAGGGGACUGGAGCGAUGUGUGUGGGGAAGCCCAAUAAACCGUGUUCAUUUAUGUGUUCUUCA